AGGAUGGGCUAUGCAAGGUGUGGGGGAUCCGCUAAGGAGGGUGGGCUGCCGUGUCCCCCAGCAGGCCAGGGGGUUCCCCACCCAGGGCAUCCCUGUCCUCCUCGUUGCCAGCCUGCACAGCCCUGUUUUGCCAGUGGGUGCUGGGAACUUCUUGGCACAGGCUCAGCUGUUUCAGAGGCAUCCUGGGACCGUGGCAUGCCCCUCUGCACCAGGGGACGCUGCUGGGGAAGCUGCCAAUGGUGCCCCAGCCCCUUCCCUGGCAUGAUGUGGGGUGAGCCAGGGCGAGUCGCUGGGCCCAGCCCCGGGGCUCCCAGAUGAAGGUGCAGGGACAUUGCAGGGGUGGCAGUGGGCUCGGAGAGCAGAGCUGGGUGCUCGGGCAGAGGCAGUUGGCUGGUUCUUCUCCUGAGGUGUUUGGAGCAGAGAAGGAUGAGCCCCACUGCUGAUGCUCACAAUCACACGUCGGGGCCGCAGCCGUGGUUAUUGUGACCCAGAGGUGUUUGUAAGCACCCCACCUCACCCAGGCAGGGUGCAAGGACCGAACUGGGCAUCUGGAUUGCUCUGCAUGGGAGGUGCUACCUGGCCCUGCCUCAUCCCAGCCACAGCACCCGUGUGCCCUAUGGGGGAUUUCCAGAUGCCAGUCCAGGCCCCGGGCAGGCGCUUGCCACAGCACGUGCCCAGCUCAGCCCCACUGUGUCCCCAGCUCUCUUUGCCUGCCCUUUUGCCUCCCUGCGAUGGGGCAACCACUGCUCUGGCCUCUGGGAAAGGGGAAGUGGUGCUGAAAGCAGGAGCUCAGUCACGUCAGUGGCGAACGCCUGGCUGCCCUUGCAGCUCCAGAAGCUGCCCUUCUCCACUGUCUCUCCUUCUGUCUGCAGUCACAGUGCUCCCAGGAGCAGGGACUGCUCCUGCCUGCCAGGGUGCCCUUCCCCACCGCCCACCCCUGGGCUCCUGCCUGCCCCACUUGGGUUACUCCUGGCUCAGCGAUCCCAGCGAUUGUUGGGGCAGGCGAGCAGAGCUGCUGGGCUGCUCCUGCCCCAACAGGCCCUGGGGUUUGUUACUCAUGGCCGUGCCCUGUGCUCAGGAUUGCUCCUGCUUUGAGGGAAGGAGCUGUCAGUCCGGUUUGGGUUUGCUCAGUGCUUGUGGGGUAGGAGGGCAGAAGGGCUGUGCCUUUCCCUCGCUCCACAGCUCUGCCUCAGGCUGAGAUCCCAGGGCAGGACCCCCCAGUUCAUGCUGCAGAAGGAACCCCCCCACACUCCAGGAUCAGAGCAGAGUGGGCAGCACCUCUGGGGCAUGACCGGGGCUCGGCACUGCCCGUGCCCGCACACAGGGCUGGCUGAGCCUGUCGGGCUGUGCCGGGGUCGGGCUGUGCCGGGGUCGGGCCCUGCGCCCCGGGAGCGGGGGUUGUGAUGCUCCCCCGCGCUCCCACCGCCGCGCUGUCUCUGGGUGCACCUUCCUCCGUGCAGCGCUCGUUGCUACGCGACCGCCGGCUCCCGAUGCUUAAUGCUCUAAUACGGAGGGAUAAAACCACUCUAAAAAUACCCCGCUGCCGGCCCCCUGCGGGGGCAAGGGGGCUGCUGGGGGGCAGGCGGCCUGGGCGCAGGGGCUGCUGGGGACUUCCCAAACUCCCCGUCCUCUAAGUGGCUUUGAGCCGUGGGCCGGGGCUCCGGCAGCCGCUCGGGCUGUUGUGCCGGUGCGGCCGGGAUUGGCUGGGACCGGCGCGUGGGCUCCUGCGGCUGGAGCUCCCCUGCCAGAGCCAGCUCCAGCCAGAGCCGGGAGCGCUCCGGCUCCCCUGCCUGCACCCUGCCCCUGGGCCCUGGCACCGGGGAGCCCGCUGCUCGGCCACGUGCACCCGCCUGGCCUCUGCCUGCUGCUACCUGGCCUCUGCCUGCUGCUGCCGGACCUCUGCCUGCGCCUGCCUUGCCCCCCGGGACUGGUGGCAUCCUGUGUGGGACCCCUGCAGCAUGGGGACGGUCAGCGAGCUCUGCGCCUCCAGUUUCCAGGCCUUCCUCUGCCCCUCGGUGGCUGCCAAGGCAGUGCCCAGCGACCUGACCCCAGAGGAGUGCCAGGAGCUGGAGAACAUCCGCCGCCGCAAGCAGGAGCUGCUGGCUGACAUACAGCGCCUGAAGGAUGAGAUAGCAGAAGUGACGAAUGAGAUCGAGAACCUGGGCUCCACGGAGGAGAGGAAAAACAUGCAGAGGAACAAACAGGUGGCGAUGGGCAGGAAGAAAUUCAACAUGGAUCCCAAGAAGGGCAUCCAGUUCCUGAUUGAGAAUGACCUGCUGAAGAACACGUGCGAGGACAUCGCUCAGUUCCUGUACAAGGGGGAAGGCCUCAACAAGACGGCCAUCGGCGACUACCUGGGCGAGAGGGAUGAGUUCAACAUCCAAGUCCUCCAUGCCUUUGUGGAGCUGCACGAGUUCACCGACCUCAACCUCGUGCAGGCCCUGCGGCAGUUCCUGUGGAGUUUCCGGCUGCCCGGGGAGGCGCAGAAGAUCGACCGGAUGAUGGAGGCCUUUGCGCAGCGGUACUGCCAGUGCAACCCCGGCGUCUUCCAGUCCACGGACACGUGCUACGUGCUCUCCUUCGCCAUCAUCAUGCUGAACACGAGCCUGCACAACCCCAACGUGAAGGACAAGCCCACGGCGGAGCGAUUCAUCGCCAUGAACCGCGGCAUCAACGACGGGGGAGACCUGCCCGAGGAGCUGCUCCGGAAUCUCUAUGAGAGCAUCAAGAACGAGCCCUUCAAAAUCCCUGAGGAUGAUGGCAACGACCUCACCCACACCUUCUUCAACCCCGACCGGGAGGGCUGGCUCCUGAAGCUUGGAGGAGGCAGGGUGAAGACAUGGAAGCGGCGCUGGUUCAUCCUGACCGACAACUGCCUUUACUACUUCGAGUACACGACGGAUAAGGAGCCCCGUGGCAUCAUCCCCCUGGAGAACCUGAGCAUCCGUGAGGUGGAGGACUCGAAGAAGCCCAACUGCUUUGAGCUCUACAUCCCUGACAACAAGGACCAGGUGAUCAAGGCCUGCAAGACAGAGGCGGAUGGGCGUGUGGUGGAGGGGAACCACACUGUGUACCGCAUCUCUGCCCCCACACCUGAGGAGAAGGAGGAGUGGAUCAAGUGCAUCAAGGCAGCCAUCAGCCGGGACCCCUUCUACGAGAUGCUGGCUGCCAGGAAGAAGAAGGUCUCCUCCACCAAGAGGCACUAGCAGCCAGAUUGGCCUAGUGAGGCCAGCGUGCCCUCGGCAGCCCGAGCGUCCCCCUGUCCCGGGGGUCUGUGGGGCGGGGGCUGUGCUGCAGCCUGGCCCUCAGGGUCCAAGGCCCAGCUUCAGCUUCACUGUUUCUUUUCCGUGGGGGGAGGGAGGGGGCACAGGCAUCUCCGUGCCUCUGGCCAUCCAUCGCUGCCUCAUCGCCAGGACAGUGUCUUCAUGGGCUCAAGCUGGGGCACAGCACCCCUGGGAGCUCCAGCCUCAGCACCACAGGCACCCUCCCUGCUCCUGACCCCCAGCUGCAGCCCCCCAGCACCCGUGUCCAGGCACUCGGGGUGUCCCGUCAGGAGGAUGAGCAGCUGUUAGUGAGUAGCUGGCAGUUUUGGGGUGCCACAGGUGCUGGGGUGCGAGGCAUCGGGCCCAGGGAGGCCCUGCAGAGACACAGCUCCCGGCCCUCGUUGUAGCGGGCCUGGGUCUGUCCCUGGUGUCCCCGUGCUGCUGCCUCAGAGCCUCACAGCUGCCCCCUGCCCCAGGAGCGGUCCCCAUGGGCACGGGAGUGCCCAAGGGCAGGGGCUGUCACCAUCACGGUCUGCAGCGGUGCCACACAGGGCACAGACGUGCCCUCGUCCAGCCACGGGGGUUGUGGCUCGGGUGAGUUGGCACUGGGUGGCAUUGCCCCUGGCACAUCCUUGCAGCACAGUCCUCUCAUACCAGGGUGGCAUGGUGCCGUGGUGGGACGUGCCCAGAGCUGGAGCCUGCCCUGAGAAUGGCUGUGGCGGGGGUCUGGGUGGGUGGGGGCUGCAGCCCCCCACUCUCUGCCUCACAGUCCGCCCAUGUCACGUCCUGUCCCUGUCCCCGCGCAUGGUCUGGAGACGCCUGGAUCAGUAUUAGUCUAUUUAUCAGAGGUGUAAAUACUCCUGUAUAGUUUUCUCCUUGUAGAUUAUUUUGUAUGUGGGUGGUUCAGUGCAGAGGCCUCGCAGGGCGGGGGGGGGCAGGAUUUUUUAUUCUAACUUUUUUUUUUUUUUUUUUUUUUGCCAUGGCCUUGUAAACUAGUGCUGAGGAUUGGCAGCAAAUAAACACUGCACUGCGCUCCA